AUGAAAAAGGAAAGUGAAACAUUUUCAUUCGUUCAAAUCAGUGAAAAUGAAACGUCGAAUGAUGUUAUACUUAGUCUCGUCAGUUUCAAACUAACAAAUUGUAAUAAUUCUAGUCCACCUAUAGCCUAUGAUAAAACAGUGUGGAGAAAUGGUCAUCAAGAAUCGAUCCUGUUGAAGAUUGAUCCACAAGAAAAAUAUGCUUAUGUCUUUGCUGAUUCAUUUAUGCUUUCCUAUGAUUUAUCUACAAAGAACGUUGCAAUUUAUGAAUUUAAUCAAAAUAUAAUUCCGAUUGCGUUCGAUCUAACUAACCAAUGGGCUUUCUUAAUUGGUUAUACACCAUCGAUACGUGGUGAUUUCGGUCAUCCAUAUCUAUAUGUCAUUAAUCUAUUAUCUAAAACUUGGUCAACAUGUAAUGAUUCUAAUGAAACUUUUCUUCCGCUAAUGUCUACACAAAAUAUAUACAGUCGAGAUCAUGGUGUAUCGAUUUCAAUCAAUCCCUCGGGAAAAUUUAUAGCUAUAGGAAUUUCGGCAAUUAAUCGAGUACAAAUUUUCGAAACAUCUCACAUUCGGAACUGUUCGUUUAAAUCCAUCGAUAAUAUUCAAUCAGUACAUUUUUUGGAUACGAUGGGAAUAGGUUUUGGUCAAUCAGUUGCUUGGCUUGAUAAUCAAGGUCUACUCGCUGUACUCGUAUACAAUCCAAAACAUCAAUUACAACCCGAAUCGGAAAUACAUGUAUUUCAAACUCUUACACAAAAUAAUGAAAUGCAACAUGUACUGCCUAAUUUUAUUUUUCCUAACAAUCAACAAAUAUUGCCGAAGAAUUGGACGAGCAAAUCUUUUCUCCUUAUCUUAGCACGUUCAAAUAAUUUAAUGAUUCUUUGCGAUCGCCACAAAUAUCUCUAUAUCCCACUCACUAACGCUGGUAGUCGUCCAAUACUAUCUGACGAAAGAUCAAAAAUUGCUUUUGUUCUGCAACCAAAACCAUGCGUCAGUGGAACAUACAAAAACAUAUCCAGUAUUGGUCCUUGUACAGUAUGUUCACCGGGAACGAAAAAUUCUGGCAAUUAUCCAGCUAUUAUAUGUCAACCAUGCAAUCCAAAGUCGUUUUGUCCAUUGGGUGCUAGUGGUAAUAUACGUUACAAUGACUUUCUACUAUAUAAAUCGUACAAUCAAACAUUUAAAUAUCCCGAAUCACCUUUAAUUGAUGAUUAUGACGAUAUGUUAAUGCGCAACUUUCUCGUUGUUGAAGAGACAAUGGAUUGUGUGUUCAAAUUACCUCUUGUGUGGACACUUAUAGCCAUUGUAACGAGUUUCAUCAUAUGGUUUAUUAUGUUUUUGAUCAAAAGAUGGCAACUCACUUCCGUCGACGUUCAUCGUAAUCGAGCGAAAGCAUUUUUCAAACAAAUUGAUAUUAUAGGUGAAGGAGAAUUGUUGGUAGGAGGUCUCGCAUCUUUUGUCGUUCUCACUAUUAUAAUACAUUCUUGUUGGUUUGCUCAUGAUUAUUUGCAUUCGUAUCCUCUCGAAGAAGUAAACUCAUCGCGUUUACAUUGUCGAAAUAAUCAAGUUAAUACAAAAUUCGAUAAUGCUCUUCAAUUACCUUUACCCGAAACCGAUGGUACUUACGAAACGAUUUUCGAUCUGCUUAACAAACAAAAAUUUACGAUGACUAUUGAUUUAAUAAAUACUGGAGCAAAGUGUGCCAAUAUUUCCGUAGAACGACUGAGAUAUAUGGGUGCUGCAGAAAGUAUAAUCAAACAGAAUUGUACUCUCUUAGAUCGCAAUGUCACUGGAUCGUUUAGCUUUGAUCUAUCUACCCAUACUGAUUUUGUACAAGUGACGAUUCAAGGACCUUAUUUUAUUGGAGCUCUACGAAUUUGUUUACAUGGAGAGAGGGGUUUAGAUGAAGUUCAAGAACAAAAACGUCAUCAAUUAGAUGAACUCGAUGUAUGCACUCUCUUCUAUAAAGAGAAUCAAACUAUCGGACUCUCGACUUAUUUUAGUAUAAAUCUAAUCAAAGUGAUUAAUGUUACAGAACCUUUGACAGCUACAGAUGAUACGUAUUAUUCUGGUAGAUGGGCACCAAAUAUAAGAUAUGUUGAUGAUCUCUCAGAUAGAGAUUAUUUUAAAAAAGAUGGUCAACAUUUAAGAUAUGCUUCACUUUCAACAACAUUUAAAAUUCGACUUAAAGAAGAAUUUUAUUUUCUUCUGAAUAAUCAAUCGCCAAUUGUUCGUCUGUAUGAACUUAUCUUCCAUACAUUUCUAUUUAUUUUUUUAAUCAUUGAUAUUUUUGCUAUGGGAUUUGUCGUUUAUAAACUUUGGUGUCAACCUCUCCUUCGACGAUUGUUAUCAGCCCGUCAUAAUAUACUUAGACGCAAACUACAAUUAAAUCAUACAGAAACUAUGGCCGAUCCUUCGUCACAACGACAACUCUCAAUGAAGGAUACAAAUGCUCAUUCGAGUAACGACUUGGAGAUGAACCUAACAACUCAAGCAGCUUCUACAACUAUUAAACAAUCGAAGCUUUCAUCAUCUGAAUUGUCUGAUCAGUCUUCUCUAUUGGUCACGAAUUCCUUAUUUGAAUACUUCGAUAAACGAUUUGAAACAAUGACGCGGAACAUAGAACACAUUGCCAGCGAUGUUAAUACGAUGAGAAAACAAAUCGAUGAAUUAAUUUUAGAUGUUAUCUAUCUCAAACAACACAUGGCUGACAUUAAAAAAACUACUUGA